GGACCCAUUUCUUUCGGACCACAGUCGAUCGCGCAAAUCCAAGCCCAUCAGAUUCCUUUCGACCAAUUUCAUGGUUGCAACUCAGUGAGUACACAAAUCAAUUCUUCUCAAUCUCAGCUCAUCCAUUACUCUGAGCCAUUGCCACUGAUACCAUCAAUCCAGAAGUGGUAACCAUUUUCGCCUUGUCACCUGCAGAAAUGGCGUCCGAAUCCGAUCACAAAGCUACAAUAAUCGACGGCAAAGCAAUCGCACAGACUGUCAGAUCUGAAAUCGCCGAGGAAGUGAACAAACUCUCUGACAAAUAUGGAAAGGUUCCAGGACUGGCGGUGGUGAUUGUGGGGAAUAGAAAGGAUUCGCUGACCUACGUAACUAUGAAGAGAAAGGCUUGCGGGGAAGUAGGAAUCAAGUCCUUUGAGAUUGAUCUUCCUGAGCAAGUGUCUGAAGCUGAAUUGAUCGGCAAGGUCCAUGAGCUGAAUGCCAAUCCUGAAGUACAUGGGAUAUUGGUUCAGCUUCCUUUGCCAAACCACAUAAAUGAAGAAAAAGUUCUAUCUGAAAUCAGCAUUGAUAAGGAUGUAGAUGGCUUUCAUCCUCUGAACAUUGGGAAGCUUGCAAUGAAAGGCAGAGAUCCCUUAUUUCUACCUUGCACUCCAAAGGGGUGUCUUGAGCUGCUGUCACGAAGCGGAAUAAGCAUCAGGGGAAAGAAGGCAGUUGUUAUGGGGCGAAGCAACAUAGUUGGAUUACCAGUUUCAUUGUUGCUUCUUAAAGCAGAUGCAACCGUGACAAUUGUCCAUUCACGUUCUGUCGAUCCAGAAAGUAUUAUCCGCGAAGCUGACAUUGUAAUCGCUGCAGCAGGACAGGCACAAAUGAUCAAGGGAAGUUGGAUCAAACCAGGUGCUGCAGUCAUCGAUGUCGGUACAAAUGCAGUUGAUGAUCCAACCAAGAAGUCGGGCUACCGGCUGGUCGGGGAUGUAGAUUUUAAGGAAGCUUGUAAAGUAGCUGGUUGGAUAACUCCUGUUCCUGGUGGCGUUGGCCCUAUGACUGUUGCCAUGCUGCUUAGGAAUACUCUGGAUGGGGCUAAGCGUGUGAUCGAGCAGUGAAGAAAUAAAUACCUCAGCUUGUUACGGAUCCUUGUCGGACUUUUCCAGAGUAAUUUCAAAAUAAACGGUACAUUUUUGUUUUGUGCAAUCCUUUCGUACUGAUGUAGUAGUUUCCUUUUUCCUUUAAUUAUAGAAGAUUGUGGAGUAAUUGAAAUCAAUUUGCAUUCAUAAUACAUUAUAAAAUCCAUCUUAAUUUAGGGGAA